AUCUGAUGCUAAGCCGACGACAGGUCAUCGACAUCCAUCGACUUGUAACCGUAUCUGAGUCGCAAUCAUCGGAAAGCGUGUUGCAUUGGACUAUGUGCACAGCGAAAGACCAUCUGUGAACACCUCGCGCUCCGUUAGCAACAGGCUCUCUGCUUCGCUUGUUCCACCGGCGGCUGGGCCACACGGCGCCUGUCGCGAACGCAGUCCAGGAUGGGUGUGAUACGCAAGAAGACAGCGACCAGGGGUGGUGAAGGUGGCGUCAAGUAUGUUUGCGAUGUGUGCUCCUCUGAUAUCACUUCGACGGUUCGCAUACGAUGCGCCGACCCUGCCUGCAACGAUUUCGACCUGUGCGUCACCUGCUUCUCCAAAGGCGAGGCGCGAAAUUCGCACGUGCCCGAAACACAUGCGUAUCGGGUCAUUGAACAAAACUCGUUCCCGAUAUUUGAUCCAGAAUGGGGCGCGGAUGAGGAGCUGAUGUUGAUCGAGGGCGCCGAGACCUACGGUUUGGGCUCAUGGGCAGAUAUUGCGGAUCACAUUGGAGGCUUCCGAGAAAAAGAUGAAGUUCGCGAUCAUUAUUUGAGCUGCUAUGUGGACUCCCCGGCCUUCCCUCUACCGAAACGAUGCAGCCCCCACGAUUCCGAGCUGGCCGACGCGAUAUCUCGUGACGAAUUCCAAGCGCGCAAGAAGCGAAGGAUAGAACAGCGAAGAGAGGCAGCCAAGAACGCGCCAACAUUACAACCGAAAACAAAGCCGACAGCCAGUGUACCUAGCUGUCAUGAGAUCCAAGGGUACAUGCCUGGUCGCCUUGAAUUCGAAACAGAGUAUGCGAACGACGCGGAGGAAGCUGUACAACACAUGCAGUUCGAUCCCGGGGACGGUGUGAAUCCAAGGACAGGAGAGCUCGAGCCGGAGAUGGAGCUCAAGCUGACGGUCAUGGAGAUCUACAACUGUCGAUUGACCCAGCGUGUGGAUCGCAAGAAGGUCAUAUUUGAGCACAACCUGCUCGACUAUCGGGAGAACACAAAGAUUGACAAAAAACGGUCCAAGGAGGAGAGAGACCUGUUGCAAAAAGCAAAGCCCUUUGCGCGGGUCAUGAACCGAAAAGACUUUGAGGACUUCAAUCAAGGGCUGAUUGAUGAGUUGAACUUGCGCCAAGCCAUCGCUCAGCUUCACGAGUGGCGUAGUGUGAAAAUCGGGGAUCUGCGAAGCGGAGAGAAGUACGAAACUGAGAAGGCGGCGCGUAUACAAAAGACUACACCUAUGGGGUCAAUGGACCGAGAUCGACUAGCCACCGCUCAACGCAGCAAGAACGCGCCACCACCUGAUCCGCCUAGUGGAGCGGCGCUUCUGGUGGCGCCCGAACUACCUAUACGGGCUGUGAACCAAACGAACGGCGAGGUCAAUGGGGAAAGCAAACCUGCUCUGAAUGGCGCGAACGGGGACACAAACGGUGUUGGCUCGCCGCGACCCAAGCAGCUUCCUCAGCCCAUACCUGGCGUCCAGCCUUUGUCCUUUAACGCGGACAACAAUGCCGACAUACAUCUCUUGACGCCGGAAGAGAUCAAGCUUUGCGAGAUUGUGCGCUUAGCUCCCAAGCCGUACAUCAUGAUCAAGCAGCAGAUUCUGGCCGAGGCUAUCAAAGGGAACGGAACAAUGAAGAAGAAACAAGCCAGGGAAAUCUGCCGGCUCGACUCCCAAAAAGGCGGGCGCAUAUUCGACUUUCUGGUCACCGCAGGCUGGUUGGGUAAGGCAUAGAUGGCUAUGUCUGCGAUGGUCGUGUCGUAUGAACGGAGGAAAUGUGUUCUGUAUUCCCUGUGUGGCAGGGGUAUAUUGGCGUUAUGGAAGGACUGGCAUGCGGACUGGUGAAGCGAUAUACCUAUAGGCGCAUGAUGAAUGAAUGAUUCUCACAGAGAAACAAACAAUGAGACUAUCACCGACG